AUGCGGCGUUCAUCAUCUAACAAGAAUAUUGAGAAAAAACGUAAUCUAUUUAAACAAUUAUUCAAUACUAAUAAUAUCAAAUCUGUUCUACGUGCUUUUGUGACAGAAUACGAAACUCCAAAAAUUGUCGCCAUUCAUAGUUGGUCAAUAGCGAUAACAUGUCGUAUUGUUCAAAUUCUAAUAUUACUCUAUACUAUUCUGUAUGUAUUGGGAUAUCAAAAAGGAUAUCAACAAGUAGAUCAAUCGAUAAUAAGUUCAGUAAUAUUAAAAGUUAAAGGUAUUGGUACCGGUUAUGAUGAAAAACCUGUAACAUCAAUAAUGGAUAAUGCGGAUUAUAUUAUACCAUCACAAGAAAAUAGUGCGUUAUUUAUCAUGACAAAUUAUAUUAGAACCGAUCAGCAACGGGCAAAAUGUACUGAGGGAAUUACUGUUGAUGGUGCAAAAUGUUUAUCAAAUGAUAAUUGUAUGAAAGAUUCUGAUACUAUAAAAAGAAAUGGAAGGUGGACAGGUAUUUGUCGAAAAUCAAAGAAUAGUUCAUCAAUAGUUGACAAUAGUUCAUCUUUAUCAAUGGGUCUAUGUGAAUUGGAAGGAUGGUGUCCCGUAGAAAAUGACUUAGUUCGACCCGAAGCUAUUAGAGACGUAUUAAAUUUUACAAUUUUUAUUAAAAAUUUUAUUGAAUUUCCAAAGUUUAAUAUAACACGUAGUAAUAUUUUGCGUGAUGCAACAUAUUCAAAAUAUUGUAUAUGGAAUUCUCUUACUGAUGAUCUAUGUCCAAUAUUUAGAGUGAAAAAUAUAUUAGAAAUAGUUGAAACAGACGCCGAUGAACGACAAAAAAUGUUAGCAUACGGUGGAGUAAUUCGAAUUAAAAUCGAUUGGAACUGUAAUUUAGAUAGACCGUUGAGCGAAUGCAUACCUAAAUAUACAUUAGGUCGUCUCGAUUCUCGUUAUCGUGUAGAACAAUUUAGUUUUGGAUUUAAUUUUCGUUUUGCGUCACAUUGGAAAUAUUAUAAUAAAACGUAUUAUCAAUCAUAUCGAACAUUAACAAAAGCAUUUGGAUUAAGAUUUAUAAUAACGGUAACAGGUCAAGCCGGUAAAUUUAAUUUUUUAACAUUAACAUUAAAUAUUGGCUCGAUGAUCGGUGUAUUAGGUUUAGCAACAUUUAUUUGUGAUAUGGUAGCAUUAAAUUGUGGUCAAAAAGGAAAUGUUUAUCGAAGAGAAAAGUUUCAAACAGUUGAUUUACGUAAGAGAAUUGAACAGUUAAGACGUUCGUCAGAAAAUGAGAAAGAAAGGGAAAAUGAAAAAACGGAUAGAUUUAGUGAAGAUGAUCGACAACCUUUAGCAAAAAUCUAUCCGUUUACAAUUCUACCUAAAUACAAAGACGACGAUGUAUAG